UUCACUGAUUCCACUUUGCAAUUAGAUUGUCAGAUUUCUCGUCUCUGAGUGCCUUACAGAAAGCUUAGCACAAUGACCAGUGUAGCAAUUAAAUUGGCCAAGGAGAAGGAAGUAUUAGAAGGCUUGGGUUCCAAUGGGAAGGCAAUAAAGUAUCUAAAACAGGAUUUUGAGGAGCUAAGGAGGCAGUGCUUAAAGUCUGGUACUUUGUUCAAAGAUGAAGAAUUCCCUGCUUGUCCUUCUGCUCUUGGCUACAGAGAUUUGGGGCCAUAUUCUCCCAAAACUCAAGGCAUUAUCUGGAAACGACCUCCGGAACUAGUCCCAAAUCCUCAAUUCAUUGUGGGAGGAGCUACUCGUACAGAUAUCCGUCAAGGGGCACUGGGAGACUGCUGGCUUUUGGCAGCCAUUGCUUCUCUCACAUUGGAUCAAGAAAUACUAGACCGAGUUGUCCCCAAAGAUCAAAGCUUCCAGAAGGACUAUGCUGGGAUCUUUCAUUUCCAGAUCUGGCAAUAUGGAGAAUGGGUGGAUGUUGUUGUUGAUGACCGGCUCCCCACAAAAAAUGGUCAGCUUCUGUUUCUGCACUCUGAAGAAGGGAACGAGUUCUGGAGUGCCCUAUUGGAGAAGGCCUAUGCCAAGUUGAAUGGUUCCUAUGAGGCUCUUACAGGAGGAUCGACUAUAGAAGGUUUUGAAGAUUUUACUGGUGGCAUUGCUGAAGCUUAUGACUUGAGGAAAGCUCCAUCCAAUCUGUAUCAAAUCAUACAAAAGGCCUUACGAUCUGGUUCCCUGUUGGGUUGCUCCAUUGAUAUUACUAGUGCAGCUGAAACAGAAGCAAUCACAAGGCUCAAACUGGUCAAAGGUCAUGCAUACUCUGUUACUGGAGCUGAAGAGGUUAACUACCGUGGCCAGCCAGUGAAACUACUCAGAAUAAGAAACCCAUGGGGUGAAGUGGAGUGGACUGGAGCCUGGAGUGAUAAUGCUCCAGAAUGGAAUUAUAUUGACCCCAAGGAAAAGAAGGCUCUGGAUAAGCAAGCCGAUGAUGGGGAAUUUUGGAUGUCCUUCUCUGACUUUCAAAGGCAGUUUACAAGGCUUGAAAUCUGCAACUUGACCCCCGACACCCUGACAAGCAAUCACCUUCAUAAGUGGGGCAUGAGAUUGUUCAAUGGAAGCUGGCGGCGGGGCUCUACAGCUGGGGGAUGUCAGAACUAUCCAGCAACAUACUGGACCAACCCACAAUUUAAAAUCCGCCUGGAUGAGCUGGAUGAUGACCAUGAAGGUAGUGCGAGUGAACCAUCUUGUACGGUGCUGUUGGGCUUGAUGCAGAAGAACCGCAGGAGGCAAAAGAGGAUGGGGGAAGCGCUGCUCAGCAUUGGCUACUCCCUUUACAAGCUGGAAAAUCAAACAGAAGUUCAUCUAAACAGAGAUUUCUUCUCAACAAAUAGAUCUGUAGCUCGUUCUGACACGUAUGUCAACUUGCGUGAAGUCUCAAAUCGAUUCCAGCUGCCUCGGGGAGAAUACCUGGUUGUGCCAUCUACCUUUGAACCUUUCAAAGAUGGAGAGUUCUGUCUCAGAAUCUUCUUUGAGAAAAAAGCUAAAGCUCAAGAAAUUGGUGACACUGUAGCUGCAAAUCCAUAUGAGCCUCAUGUUGAAGACAAGGAUGUAGACAACGAGUUCAAGAAUUUGUUUGAAAAGCUUUCUGGAGAGGAUUGUGAAAUGACUGCAAAUGAGCUUCAGACUAUUUUGAAUAGGGUGAUAACAAAGCGAACAGACAUAAAAAGUGAUGGAUUCAAUCUAAACACCUGUCGGGAAAUGAUCAGCCUCUUAGAUAACCAUGGCACUGGAAGCUUGGGACUUGCAGAGUUCAAGAUUCUAUGGAUGAAGAUUCAGAGAUAUCUGGAAAUCUAUAAGAAAGUAGAUGCUGACCAUUCUGGAACUAUAGAUGCACAUGAAAUGAGAGAUGCUCUCAAGGAAGCAGGUUUCACUCUCAACAACAAAGUCCAGCAUACUAUAGCCGCCCGCUAUGCCUGCAGCAAGCUGACCAUUGACUUUGAUGGCUUCCUGGCCUGCAUGAUUCGCCUGGAAACCCUCUUUAAAAUGUUUCAGAUGUUAGACAAGGAAAAACGUGGAACCGUCCAGCUCUCUCUGGCUGAGUGGCUGUGCUGCGCAUUGGUCUGAAGCCCCAUUUCUGAAUUCACUUGUGGGCACCUCCACAAUUUAUUUUUUACAUAUAGAUGUUUCUGGAAAAUUGUUUGUUCCAUAGACAAAUGAGAAAAAGAAGCAAUUUCAGUAUCCAGUAAUACACUCUAAUGUAAAAUGACCAUUCAGAAUAAUAAACAAGAUUAUAUGGAAACAACAAA